AUGGCAUCUAGACUACCUGAGCUCAAACGGGAAUUUAUCAUUACCAUCGAUGGACCUAUAGGAAGUGGGAAAAGUAGUGUGGCCCAGAUUUGCGUGGAUCUUUUCGGGAUGGCCCAUUUGGACAUCACACGGUUGUAUAAAACAGUGGCCUACCUCUGGGAGCACCAACCGGGGGUUUCUUGGGAGGAUCUAGCCAAUCAAGCCAUCAAUCACUACGUUCCCGAUUCAGAAUUGAUCGAUUGGUCUUUUUGGGGGAAGGCCGUUGGAGUGUCCAAGAUUAAAAUUGUCAACGAGAUUAUAACCGAUCACGCUAGGGCCUUCACCUUCGCUAAUCCACAAUCGGUGAUUGAAGGAAUCGAUGUCGGAUCCAUUAUUUCUUGGGCCGAUUUGAAAAUCCUAUGUGUUGCCCCACUGAUGAUUCGCCGGGAUAGGGUCUAUGCGAAAAUGGUGACCUAUUCGCAGCUCAAAUUCAAAUUUACACCCGAAGAGUUUUUGGUGAGUCUCUGUGAGAGGGAUCAUUUGGAGGGUUACGGUCUGAUGCCCGAGACUUUUUGGAUUAAUAGCCCCAUGAGAAAUGGGGUAGUUUUCCCCACCCAUGGAAUCUGCAAUACACAUUUCCCAGAUCGGGUCAUCAAUCUAUUGAAUGCCAGUGGAGCAUUUAAAAUGGUGUGUGGUCACAGAGUUACCCCACUUUGGUGUCCCCCCACUUGA